AUGGCCCCCGCCGGCGGAGGCGACGAGGUGCGAGAGUCCGGCGGACCCCCAUCCAAGCGCCACCGAGUCGAGCGAAGUGCUGCUGGUGGUGCGAAAGAAGGUCAGAGUCUUGGGGUGGAAUCUGGAAGCGGAAAGAGCACAGAUCCAGUUAUGUCCAAAGAAUAUUUGGAGGUGAGGUGCGAGGAUUCUCAGAGGAUUAUAAGGGAGAUUGAAGACUUGAAGUCUGAAGUAGAUGAGGAUUUGCGACAGCUUGGAUACUGCGAGGAGAAUGAGAAGCUGAGAGCUGAGCUGGCUGUGAAGGUGAAAGAGAGGCAUUGCCUGAUGAAGCGGAUUGAGGAGCUGGAAGCUAAGAUUGACUUCCUGAGGAAGCGGACUGAGGAGCUGGAAGCCAUUAAUGACGUCCUGCCAAAGCGGAACGAGGAGCUGCAGGCCAAGAAUGACGACCUAACGAAGCAGAACAAGGAGCUGCAGGCCAGGAAUGACAGCCUGACAAAGGGGAAUGAGGAGUUGCAGGCCAAGAAUGACGACCUCCAUAAGAAUGUUGUGAGCGCUGACUCCAUUCAAGCCAAUGAUGCUGAACUUGCCACUCAAAAAGAAGAGAUUAAAUCACUGAAGGCUUAUCUGGGAGAGGAGAGCUAUUCAAAGAAAAAGGACCUUUGUCAGCAGAAAAUCAAAGAUGGGGAAAAACUUGAGAAGCCUCUGAGGGCCACAAAAGCUAUAUUGAAAGUCAUAUCUGCUGAGAAAGAGACUACUGAAGAGAGUCUAAAGAUGGCUCAUGAGGGAGAAAGUUCUUCUGAUGAGUUGCAGUCUUCUAAUAAUGAUGAAUCUCGUUCUUAUGGUACUAGUGAUGAUAAUACCACUGAUGAGGAUGGGAGUGACAGCGGCGAGAGCACCAGAACUGAAUCCUUAGAGAGUGAUGUUUUGGGUCUUGCCUCCAUCGCCGCCUCCCUAUUCCCUGCACGCACUCCUCGCCAUCUCUGCCAGUGCCGCUCCUCCGUACUGGCAUGCCCCUGCGCCCGUGCAGCUCCUGCUCCUCCAGCCAGCAAUAUUUCGUCGUCCUGGCCUGGCCCUCAGUCCGUGCGGUUCCUGCUCCUCCAGCCAGCAGUACAUGUCUCCCUUCAGCUAAAUCGUGUUUCGUAUACAACGUUCUUCAUCUUGCGUGGGAUUGCUGCCUUGAUUUCAGCCUACCCUAUCGAUAGGCCAAUGUCAACCCCUAUUGACGCACCAACACCUAAUACACAUUGCAGACACAGACAUGUUUCCGCCGCUUCUUUACUUCCUGGUGAUACAGCUGAUGACUUUCCUACAACCUUCCAUGUCCCAUCAAAACGUUCUGCAUGUCGUCGUUUACCUGCUCAGCCUACUGAGACAUUACCAUGUAAUGCGCAACGUAAACGAAACCGGUCUUUCACACCUUUGUCAGCUCCAGUUCAUGGCGCAUUUAGUGGGACCAAUUUGGACAUUCCUGAUGACUUCCCAACAACUUUUCAUAUAAGACGCUCUACGCGCCGUCGCCUAGCUGCUCAGCCUACUGAAAUACCACGCCCGGAUGUUGCUCAUGCCGAUCCAUGCCAGAAACAUAUGGCUACUACAUCCGCCACCUCACGGCAAUCGAAAGAAGGUCAGAGUCUUGGGGUGGAAUCUGGAAGUGGGAAGAGCAAAGAUCCAGUUAUGUCCAAAGAAUGUUUGGAGGUGAGGUGUGAAGAUUCUCAGAGGAUUAUAAAGGAGAUCAAAGACUUGAAGUCUGAACUAGAUGAGGAUUUACGACAGCUUGGAUACUGCGAGGAGAAUGAGAAGCUGAGAGCUGAGCUGGCUGUGAAGGUGAAAAAGGUGCAUUGCCUGAUGAAGCGGAUUGAGGAGCUGGAAGCUAAGAAUGACUUACUGAAGAAGCGGACUGAGGAGCUGGAAGCCAUUAAUGAUGGCCUGCCAAAGCGGAAUGAGAAGCUGCAGGCCAAGAAUGACGACCUAACGAAGCAGAACAAGGAGCUGCAGGCCGAGAAUGAAAACCUAACUAAGCAGAACAAGGAGCUGCAGGCAAGGAACGCCGGCCUGACCAAGGGGAAUGAGGAGAUGCAAGCCAAGAAUGAUGAUGAUCUCCAUAAGAAUAUUAUGGAGAUUCUGGAAAUUCAGACUGAUGCUAAGAGAAAGGACUUGCUGCAAUUCUUAGGGCUAUAUAGCAUAAUGGACUUUCCAUAUCCUCAGCUUAAGUCGUCUGAUGAAGCCCUGUUGUCAGAAGGUAACAAGAUCGAGGCUUCUUCUGUUGUGGCUGCUGGUUCAGAUCCAAAAAUCCAGAUCAAAGCAUUAAUUUCUCAAUUGUUAAGCUUGACACAGCAGGUUGUGAGUGCUGACUCCAUUCAAGCCAAGGAUGCUGAACUUGCCAAUCAAAAAGAGAUUAAGUCACCGAAGGCUUAUCCGGGAGAGGAGAGCUGUUCAAAUAAAAAGGACUUUAGUCAGCAGAAAAUCGAAGAUGGCGAAAAACUUGAGAAGGUUCUGAGAGCCACAAAAGCUAUAUUGGAAGCCAUAUCUGCUGAGAGAGACUGCUGA